CACCUCGUCGCCCUCUUCCCUUUGCCCGCUCCUUCUCAGACUCGAAUGUCAGCCGUCUGUACGACAGCAAAGGGACCGAGACACCUGUCGGACAGAGAAAGGCUUUCCUCUGCUCACACCAGCCACACUCCAAAGGACAUACUAGUCGUAGACUCUCGACUGAGCUUGGUGGACAUUUCUCUGCUGGAUAUAAAGUGAAAGCAGGUGACUUGUAGAGAUAAAAAAUCAAAGAAGAGAGAGACAGCGCUAGAACAAACAUGUCAAAAGUGGGGGAAAAAGAAUCUGUGUUCCGUACCACCAAAGUGCGGACCAAGCUGAAGGGAGACGGCAGCUGGUUGCAGUGCCGCAGUGAGGUUGAGGAAGAAACCAACAAGGAGAAACCAUGGUUGGCAGAAGUAAGGGCCAGCCGUUUGAACGGAGCCCCUGUUGAGACCAGUCCAGUGUCGUCACCCACAACAUCCACUCCGCCACCCACGAAGUCUGACACUGAGGGAGCACCGUCGUCAGGAUUUCUGAUCAGAGGUAUUUUCACUAAACUAGACAAGCCUGCUUCAUCCUCAACUACUAACGGCGCUAGUCGACCAACGACACAAUUCACCAAAAAACCAUCAGAAAGCUACAAGAAAAUAGCCCCCUACACUGUGAGGACUACUCUAAAAAACCAGGAGGAGCAGCUUAGCAACGAGGAGCAGGAGAAACGGACGGAGGCAGCCAUGAGUGUUCUGAACAAAUCUGCAGUCAGGCAACGGUCUUAUGUGCUUUCUGCUGCUAAGAAAUUUGAGUCUCAAGAAACGUCGCCAGACACCUCUUUGGUCAGCAGCAAUCCAUCAUUCGUGGCUAGAAGGGUGGAGAUUACUGAUGAUGAUGAGAGCGCUGCAAAACCUGCACCUGCCAGCUCUCUUCCCCCCUCCCCCGUCGUGCCCGUCACAUCUGUCGCCUCCACGCCUGAGCCCAAACCACAGAAUUUAGUCGACACCAGUGUUCAGACAGCUGUUGAUGUCGUUGUUAAUGAGCCGGUGGCACCAAAGGUGGAGGAGCCUGCCCCGGAGCCGGUGAAGGAUGACCCCCCUCCAGUGUCUGUUCCUGUAAAGGACCCAUUCGAAGACAUGAAACCAGGAUGCACCAAGGUGGACACUCCUCUCCCCGUACUCAUCCCACAGUUUGUUCAAGCAGUCUGUAAAGAGCCAGAACCCAAGGAUUCAGACAUUUCUGGGCUGGUUGACACCCCUCUGGUCGACCUCGCCCCAGCGUCACCAACCCCAACAUCACCUACUCCAGAAGCCCCUGCCCCGGCUUCACCUGUCCCUCUGUCACCUGCCCCAGUGUCUGCUGUAACAGAGCUCACAGUGAAGACUGAACCAGAACCAGAAAUUGAAUGGGAACAAUCUCCAAAGCCAAGCUCCACUGUUGACACCCUCACCACUUUGUCCGACACUCUCAUUUCUUUCGACUCAAAUUCAACCAGCUUUAAGGAUGAUGAGCCAGUGCUGGCAGAAGAAAAAGCAGGCUCAGCGGAGAGUCGUACCACAGAGAACGGUGUUGAACAGGAGCCAGCUCCAGAGAUCAGCAACUGUGUACCAAUGACAGAUGAUCUGCUGGCUCUCACUGAGGGUCCAGAGGAGUCUGCAGACCCCGUCCCCCCCAGUCCAGGACGCUGGAGUCAGGAUCUGCUUAGCGGACUAGACAGUGAGUCAAACCCAGCAAAGACCAGUGGCACCCUGGAUCUCCUGGCUGACGAAGUCCUUUCAAUCAACACAGAGCCACGCAGCCUCAGCAUGCAGCGUGAGGAGAUACAGACGGAUGAAACAGCCAAAGAAACACAAAGCCUCACAGAGACAGUCACUAUAACCACCAAAACUGUGAUUAUUACUGACAAAAGCCAAGAAGACAAUGCAGAUCCAUGGAGCUCACAUAUAAAGUCCACAGUUACUGAAUCAAGCUCGGCUGAUCCAUUUGAUCCAUAUCCGAUAGGGACCACAUCCUCUAACAGCUCCUCUGACCUGCUACAGCCUCUGUCUGAUAUUUCCAGCAACAGGAAUGCGUUGGAACCCCUUGCAGACGACGUCAUCCCCAUCAACACUGACACCCCAAGUCUCAUCACUCACCGGUCAUGGGCACGCACAUGGGAAACCGAUCCACCUCAGCAGGAUAACACAGAAGAGAGCCAAGAAGCUUUACCAGGAGGCCAAACUGUAGAUCAACAGACGCUGGUCAAGUUUGAGAGAAAGUCCAUUGAGAAUGACUCCCCAUGGGACAGAUGGACGUCACCCACUGUUUAUACUGUCACUACCACUACAAGAGAAGAGGAAGAGGAGGAGGAGGAGGAGAAGGAGGAGAAGGAGGAGGAGAAGGAAAGCACGGAGUAUACACAGACAGAGACCGUCACAACCAUCACCACUAUCAGGGAUAUACACAGUGAUCAACAGCCCGCUAUGGAUCGUUAUGAAUCCUAUUCCAGGACCUUGACAGAAGAAGACCAGCGUGUCCAAACACCAGAACCUGAGGCCAAAAGGGGGUUUGUGUACCUGAAGGAGUAUGUCAAUGCAUCAGAGCAGUCCUUGCAUAAUGCCAGAGACACAACCGAUAGUGGGUCAGAUUAUUUGACAUCCAGCUCCACCAGUUACUCCUACAGCAGCCCCUCCUCUUACUCCAGUGGCCUGAUGUCAUCCGCCUGUAACUUCUGCGGAGAGCCGGUGGGUAAUGAUGCCAAGAUCACCAUCGAGCACCUCAAUAUCAAUUGCCACCCAGACUGCUUCAAGUGUGGUGUGUGUAGUAAGCCAAUGGGAGAUCUUCUCGACAGUAUGUUCCUACAUGGUGGGAAAGUCCACUGCGAGACCUGCUACAACAACGCCUUGGACUGAUUAUCAAAGCCCUUCUGCAUCCGCUUAUCCUCAUCCACUUCCCUUCAUGUUCAUUUGCAUAUAAAGUGAGAACUCACAUCUUUCUCAUACAUUUUGCUGUGUUUGGUUUGAACUCAGGAAUGAUGUGGUUUAGGAUGAUAAAAAAGGCUGUUAUAGUGAACAAUAUGACUAUUUAAUGUUGAUUCUUACAUUAGGUUCCAUUUCUCAAACAUGUUAUACAAGCUUGUUUUUUUCUUUUCUGGUGGUGUAAGCUGUAUCUGCCUCAGUAAACUAUGAAGGAUUUGUUUUAUCAACAGUCUGAUACUGGCUAGUGGGGAACAAAAAUAAAAUGUAGCCACAGUCGUAAUGCAAAAAAAUGACUAUCACAAAAUGUUUACUUCUUUUUCUUUUCUUGAUACAAAAUAGUGUGUUCAUAUGUAUAAUGCUUUGUUAAAAAAAAAAAAAAAAAGAUUUACAUAAUCCUGUAAACAUGUGAUGCAAAGUCAGUGUGCUAGCAGA